AAAGCCUCUGUCCUUGUUUCUAAGAGGACUUACGCCGCAGUCACUCCAGGCAGCAAGACCAGCGACCAUCUCCCAUGACAUCUUAAUGAAAUAUGACUGUGCUUCACUCCUUGACUGGAUUAAUGCCUAUGUAACCGUUCAUUUGCUCUCCCUCCCUUAUCUGUGUCCAAGUUUAAAGCCUAUUCUGUGGUCAUGGGGUCUAUAAUGUCAUUUUUGCCUAGGCUAAAGGUCUAAAGCGGAUACCAAGUGGAUCUAUGUUCCUUACAUACAAAAGAAACAGCGCAGGGAAAUUAGUGGAAGUUUGAGAUAAGGGAGGAUGCGGGCGACGUGUUGGUGUGCCGUCUUUCUCCUCACUCCGGCGGUCUACCUGGUUUCAAGUGCCCACGGUUCUAUCCCGGGGAAGUCGGAGCUGCUCAAAUCAGGGAGCCCCAAGUCGACACUAAAGCAUAUAUGGACAGAAAGCAGUAAGGACUUGUCCAUCAGUCGACUUCUAUCACAGACUCUCCAUGGGAAGGAAAACGCAACAGCCCUGGACCUGCACUAUGACACUCCGGAGCCUUACUCAGAGCAGGACCUGUGGGAUUGGCUGAGGAAUACCACGGACCUGCAGGACUCCAGGCCUCGAGCCAAACGGCGGCCGAUGGUCAAGACGGGCAAGUUCAAGAAAAUGUUCGGCUGGGGAGAUUUCCACUCCAACAUCAAAACAGUCAAGCUCAACCUCUUGAUUACUGGCAAGAUCGUCGAUCACGGCAAUGGCACCUUCAGCGUCUACUUCCGCCAUAACUCCACGGGCCAGGGCAAUGUGUCCGUCAGCCUGGUCCCCCCCACCAAAAUCGUUGAGUUUGACUUGACGGCCCAGCAGUCGGUAAUCGACGCCAAGGAUUCCAAGUCCUUCAACUGCCGCAUCGAGUACGAGAAGGUGGAGAGGGGCUCCAAAAACACACUCUGCAACUUCGACCCAUCCAAGACAUGUUACCAGGAGCAGACGCAAAGCCACGUGUCCUGGCUCUGCUCGAAGCCCUUCAAAGUCAUUUGCAUUUACAUCUCCUUCUACAGCACCGACUACAAGCUAGUGCAGAAAGUCUGCCCAGAUUAUAACUACCAUAGUGAUACUCCUUACUUCCCCUCUGGCUGAAGGUAGCUGCAGACAUCACCUACACGGAGGACAACGAGAGGCAAAGGAUGGAGCUCUCUCCCCAUCCACAACAAAUACAUGUUCCCCGUACCGUCCAUACCAUACGUUCAUGGCCCGGAUCUAUUCAAACAACUUGACAAGAGAAGAAUUUGGCUGUUUGCACUUUCAUUUGAGUGCUUUUGUUUGAUCACUUGGUAUCUUUAAGUUUCUGCACUUAUUAAUUUAUUGUUUAUAUCUUUUAAUGUUAUUUUACCACUGGGGUGUUGCUUGUAUGACCAUGUAAACUCACGAUUUUGUCCUGUAAUGUUCCAUUUUAAUUUAGAAAUGUGCAAGUGUUUGGUUUCUCAGAAUAUUUGUUUAAUUAGUUUAUUUGUACAAGUACAUACAUGUUUCUUAGAACUGCCAAGAGGCCACGAGGGUGUAGAUACAGUAGGACUUUUACGUUUAGAUGGUAGUUCGCCUCAGAAGCGAUGUCGCUGGAGAAUUAUUUGCGAUCAGAAUCUCAAUGUUCCGUCCACCUACAAACUUUUGAACAGCCCUGGAGUCCCCACACGUUCUUGAGUUAUUCCUCCCAGCCCAAAGGCCCAAAGAUGAGGAGAAUGGCUUUGUUCUGCUGGUUAUGAACAGGCCUUAACUACAGGCAUGUUUUCUACCUAUUACAAAGAAGCUGUAUUGUAAUAAUUGCGGAUUGUUCGGCCCAAGCUGUCUCCUGUAGUUUAAUAAGAUCCAGGAAUGGUUGGAGGGCUUGCUCAUUGUCACUUAUAAUACACUGUAAUGUAAUGAAUUCUAUAUCCUAGAGCCUAAUUUGUAUGAAUGGUUUGUAUUGUACAUAGUUGAUCCUGAUGGAGCUGCUUCUGUAUAUGCCUUCAUUCAUUGUCUGUUAACCCAAAGCCCUACACUCUCUCUCUCUCUCUCAGCACCCCAUUCCAUAUAUGCUUGUUCUCGGUUCCUCGGACAAAGAAACUGAUGUUGCUGAUGUAGAUGUGAACUCCAUGAAACCCAUGCUCUUGUACAGGGGCUGUUAAACUGUCAAAAAUAUAUAUUAGAAGUACUUAUCAUCUGUAUGAUCAUGUUUACUUUCAGGGGGAACCAGGGGAUGGAGAUGUACAAAUGAAUAAAAUACUGAAAGUUUUAUCA